AUGAAGAAGUUCAAUCGAAGUCAAUUUUUCCCUCAAAUUCCUUCUCUGGUACAAGAAAUAUAUGAGCAGAUAAAGAGUGAAGAAGAGUGUAGGGAAAACCAAAAGACUCUGUUGUUCUGUUUUUGGGAAUGCCAAAAGUUACCUCUUAGAAAACCAAGGAUUGGUUGUGUCAGACUUUUCAAAAUUGAUCUAGCUGCUUCACUUUUUGUUACUUCCUUUCAAGUGAUUAAUGCAGUUAACAUGCAAGUAGUUAUAUCUACACUACUUGCAAGCUUUUCGUGA